GGCCCCACGGCAGACUCCCGAGCGGCCCGGCUCGGGCGGUGAGAGCCCCGCGCCGCCCUCCAUCCGUCGCCGGGUCGCCGGGUCGCCGGCCCUCGGCGCCUCGCCGCCGCCGCCUCACGAGUGUCCGGGCCGCGCUCGGCGGGCUCCUGAGCCGCAGCCAUGGGGUGCUGGGGUCGGAACCGGGGCCGGCUGCUGUGCAUGCUGAUGCUGACCUUCAUGUUCAUGGUCCUGGAGGUGGUGGUGAGCCGGGUGACUUCGUCGCUGGCGAUGCUCUCCGACUCCUUCCACAUGCUGUCGGAUGUGUUGGCGCUGGUGGUGGCGCUGGUGGCCGAGCGCUUCGCCCAGCGGACCCACGCCACCCAGAAGAACACCUUCGGCUGGAUCCGGGCCGAAGUGAUGGGGGCUCUGGUGAACGCCAUCUUCCUGACCGGCCUCUGCUUCGCCAUCCUGCUGGAGGCCAUCGAGCGCUUCCUCGAGCCGCACGAGAUGCAGCAGCCGCUGGUGGUCCUCGGGGUCGGCGUGGCGGGGCUGGUGGUCAACGUGCUGGGGCUCUGCCUCUUCCACCAUCAUAGCGGCUUCGGCAACGACUCCGGCCACGGGCACUCGCACGGGGGGCACAGCCACGGCCUCCCCAAGGGGGGCCGCGGCAAGAGCACCCGCACCGGGGGUAGCGACAACAGGGCCCCAGGUGAGCAGGGUCCCGACCAGGAGGAGACCAACAUCCUGGUGGCCAAUAGCAGCAACUCCAACGGGCUGAAACUGGACCGGACAGAUCCAGAAAAGUCCAGAAAUGAUGCAAUGGAAGUACAAGUGAAUGGGAAUCUUAUCAGAGAACCUGACCAGGUGGAAUUGGAAGAUGAUGAUGAUAAGGCUGGACAGCUUAACAUGCGUGGAGUUUUUCUGCAUGUCUUUGGAGAUGCUUUGGGUUCAGUGAUUGUAGUAGUAAAUGCCUUAGUCUUUUACUUUUCUUGGGAAGGUUGUCCUGAAGGGGAGAUGUGUGUGAACCCAUGUACCCCUGACCCCUGCAAAGCAUUUGUAGAAUUAAUUAAUAGUACUCAUGCAACAGUUUAUGAGGCUGGUCCUUGCUGGGUGCUAUAUUUAGAUCCAACUCUUUGUAUUGUAAUGGUUUGUAUACUUCUUUACACAACUUAUCCAUUACUUAAGGAGUCUGCUCUUAUUCUUCUCCAAACUGUUCCUAAACAAAUUGAUAUCAAAAAUUUGAUAAAAGAACUUCGAGAUGUUGAAGGAGUUGAGGAAGUUCAUGAAUUACAUGUUUGGCAACUUGCUGGAAGCAGAAUCAUUGCCACUGCUCACAUAAAAUGUGAAGACCCGACAUCAUACAUGCAGGUGGCUAAGAUCAUUAAAGACGUUUUCCAUAAUCACGGAAUUCAUGCUACUACCAUUCAGCCUGAAUUUGCUAGUGUAGGCUCUAAGUCAAGUGUAGUCCCAUGUGAACUUGCCUGCAGAACUCAGUGUGCUUUGAAGCAAUGUUGUGGGACACGGCCACAAGCCCAAUCUGGAAAGGAUGCAGAAAAGGCCCCAGCAGUUAGCAUUUCUUGUUUAGAACUUAGUGACAAUCUAGAGAAGCAGCCCAGGAGGACUAAAGUUGAAAACAUCCCUGCUGUUGUGAUAGAGAUUAAAAAAAUGCCAAACAAACAACCUGAAUCAUCUUUGUGAGUCUUGGAAAAGAUGUGAUAUUUGACUUUUGCUUUAAACUGCAAGAGGAAAAAGACUCCAUUGAAAUUCUAUGUUUGCCAAGUAGUGUAAUUGAAGUCCUUGUCUGGUCACACAGUUUAAUUCUAUUUUUGUAAGAACAUAAUGGGACUGCUUAACAGAGUUCUAUAUUACAACUUUGUGAUUAUUAGUGCAGAGUACAGCUAUGCUGUAACAGUUUUGGAAAGCCAGUUUUAACACUAUGUUACAUUUUUGUUUAAAGUAAGUAUAAACCUUAUAUAACAUAAUGACAUUUGAUUUCCAGUUUUUCCAUGGUAAAAAAUUAAUUAGGGGGAUAAAUAAAUUAAA